CUUGUAAAAGCGAAAAAUAGUAAUUUCCGGCUUGUGCAUAUAAUUGUCAAAUGCCUUUGAAUAUUCAACAUCAGGAUUGAAUACAGGACGAAAUAUACUUCUAUAUGUUUCUGAAUAUAGUUAAAUUUUAAAAAACUGUAAUUCGAUGGCUUGACGUUACUCCAAACGAUUUUUAACGUGUCGUGGUUUUUAUUUUGGCAAUUCGAACCGGAUGUAACAGUUGUAUUAUUGCUAACUUUUCUGGUAACUUCUACUUUAGCAAUACAAAUCAGUUUGUUUUGUCUAGAAUUAAACAAAAUUGAGAACUAAAUGGGGAGAUAUAAAUGUGCCUACAACUGCGAAGGCUCCACCGAGUCAGAUGCGAAGUAUUUUAAGUUUCCCCUGUACAAUCCCCGGAAACUCAAGAAAUGGCUCACAAACAUGAACUGGAAGGACUGGACACCGUCACGAUUCUCCGUGCUGUGCAUCAAUCAUUUCGAGGAACAGUACAUUGACAGAACGGGCAAAUGUGUGAAACUUCGAGAAGAUGCAAUUCCCACCAUAUUUUUAUCCCCCGGUGAUGCACAGGCAAGAGAGUCUUCCAGCAACACAAGAAGUAAGAGAAACAAGACAAAUGGUGUUAAAGCCUCACAGACAAUUCAAGCUCAGUCUACAACAACAGCUCCUGCCACGGCAAAGAGAAGAGUCCAGAACAAAGAGCCCAGCCAAACAGAAGAAGAGCCUGCUGGAGACAAAGACUCCAAAAAGUCCAACGACAAAUGGAGGAUUAUAGUCGACCAAGGGUUGAUGAAGAUAGAUUCAUUUCCACAUUUUUUUCAUGGAGAUUACUGUGCAUCGCGGGAUAUUCAGUGGGCUCCAGAUGAUAAUUCAAGUAUAGAAUGUGAAGAUCCUGAAAAGGUGAUAGAGGUGAACGAGCCGUGGCAGUGGCUUGGUCUGGAUGUCAGAGGGCCGCUCCCUCCAACACGGAAUGAACACAAAUACAUCUUGACCCUAACAGACUACUACUCCAAGUGGGUGGAAGCUCUGCCCAUGCAGUCAUGCAUCCCUUCAGAUGUGGUGAAACACAUAGUCGACAUCAUCGGUCACUUUGGAUACCCGUUCAGAAUCCUCUCCAGACUUCCUCACGACAUAGUCCACAAAAUCAACAGAGAACUGAAAGAUCAGCUGAAGAUCACUGUUGCUCUGGUCGUCCAUCAUCAGCAGACGGGCACAGCGGAUUUGACCACACAGCAGCUGAUUGACAGGAUGGUGGGUGAUCUGAUAGAGGAGCAUGCAGCAGACUGGGACGUCUACCUGCCUGCCAAAGUGUUCAGUUUGUGUUUCAAAGAGCAUUCAAAGACUAAAGAAAGGCCAUUUUCAAUGCUCUGCUGUAGGGGAUUGGAGCCCAUCCAAUCCCCCAGAGGACUUCAUUACAGUUAUUCCCAGAUCCAAGAGAGUGCUUUCGUGGUUAGAUAAAAGUUUAUUUGGUCAUUUGAGGUGAAAGUGAAACUGGGCUCGCUGAUCUUCACAGACAUUUGAGUACAGAGUAUUUUUCGGCCAUGAAAGCACUAUGACUUUACCAAUUUCAGGCAGUUGUGCCUGAUUGUUUGCUGUUUUUUUAUGUAAAAUGUAAAACAUGUAAAUAAACUUUCUUUCAACAA